AAGGAGAAAGAGAGAGAGAGGGAGUCGGGCAAGACUUGGGAGUAGCUUGUUGCCAUGACAAGCAUUUUCUUAAGAAAGCUCCGUUGUUAAUACAGCGGGGAGCAGAAAGCUCUUACUCCCUUGCACAGCUAAGGACUGGAGCCUAAAACCCACUCCCUCCAAAGCUCUUUUUUCUUUUUUUAAUCCCGGAAACACCAUCAUCGAGGACCUCUCCUAAACCCUAAUUCGGGGAGGAAAAAAAAGAGCAAGAAAGAGCUUCCUCCGGUAUUUUUCUUUGGGGGAUUCUUUGGUCCUCUUCAUGGACGCCCGGAGGGCGUUCCCGCAGUGGAGAAACCUGGAUUCUCACUAGGGCGAGAGCUCCAGCUGCCACCAGUAUCCAGGGAACCCUCCUCCUCCUCUUCCUCCUGCCGCCUCUCUGCCACACACGCUGGUCGUUGCUAAGGUUGCUUCCACGGUAACAUGCGCAUCCUGUUUACACCUCGAUCCAGGGAAGUCGGCCUGGGCUAGGGACAUUGGGCUCCACUUGGGGACGCCAAUUCCCGUGACAACUUGCCUCAGUUCCUCUUCCUCUUCCUCCCCCAUCGCCUCUGGAAAGCUGGGGGCAACAGCUGCUGCAGCCGAGGGAGCAUCUUAGAGGAAGAGAAGGAGUCUCCAGAUUUGGGGGGACACCCCCGGCCCCGGAGCUGGGGGGUGAGGCGGCCAGGGGCCCCGGCUCGACUGGCUGAAGGAGGAUACGACCCGCGAUCUGGGUCCAGCGGGCAACAUGGCCAACAACGCCGCUGACCACGGCCCGGCCAACUCGGUGGCCGAGGGCGGUCACGAUGGAGAAUUCGGCUGCACGCUGCUGGACCUCCGGACCCUCAUGGAGCUGCGCAGCAGUGAGGCCGUGGCCCGGAUCGGCGAAGUCUACGGUACCGUACACAACAUCUGCAAGAGACUCAGGACCUCCCCCGUGGAAGGUCUUUCUGGGAACCCCUCGGACCUGGAGAAACGCAGACAAGUGUUUGGCCAGAACUUCAUCCCUCCGAAAAAGUCAAAGACGUUCCUGCAGUUAGUAUGGGAGGCCCUGCAGGAUGUCACGCUCAUCAUCCUGGAGAUUGCGGCCAUCAUCUCACUGGGCCUGUCCUUCUACCACCCCCCCGGGGGGGACAAUGAGCUGUGUGGCCAGACGUCGUCCGGGGUGGAGGACGAGGGGGAGUCCCAGGCUGGCUGGAUCGAGGGGGCGGCCAUCCUGUUCUCGGUGAUCAUCGUGGUGCUGGUGACGGCCUUCAACGACUGGAGCAAGGAGAAGCAGUUCCGGGGGCUGCAGAGCCGCAUCGAGCAGGAGCAGAAGUUCACCGUCAUCCGCAAGGGCCAGGUCAUCCAGCUGCCGGUGGCCGAGAUCGUGGUGGGCGACAUUGCCCAGAUCAAAUACGGUGACCUGCUGCCGGCAGAUGGAAUCCUGAUCCAGGGCAACGACCUGAAAAUCGACGAGAGCUCCCUGACUGGAGAGUCGGACCAGGUCAAGAAAUCCUUAGAAAAGGAUCCUAUGCUGCUGUCUGGGACCCACGUCAUGGAAGGGUCCGGUCGGAUGCUGGUGACCGCCGUGGGCAUGAACUCCCAGACUGGAAUCAUCUUCACCUUGCUGGGAGCUGGCGAGGGGGACGAGGAGAAGAAAGCGAAGAAAGGUAAAAAACAAGGAGCCCCCGAAAAUCGCAACAAAGCCAAGACCCAGGAUGGCGUGGCCCUGGAGAUUCAGCCCCUGAAGAGCCAAGAAGGGGUAGAGAAUGAGGAGAAGAAAAAGACCAAAGUGCCCAAGAAGGAGAAGUCCGUGCUGCAGGGCAAGCUGACGCGCUUGGCAGUUCAGAUUGGGAAAGCAGGUCUGAUCAUGUCGGCGGUCACGGUGAUCAUCUUGGUGCUGUAUUUUGUGAUCUACACUUUCGGGGUGCAGGGCCGGCCUUGGCUGGCCGAAUGUACCCCCGUCUACAUCCAGUACUUCGUCAAAUUCUUCAUCAUCGGCGUCACCGUGCUGGUGGUGGCCGUGCCUGAGGGCCUGCCGUUGGCUGUCACCAUUUCACUGGCCUACUCCGUCAAGAAAAUGAUGAAGGACAACAACUUGGUGAGACACCUGGACGCCUGUGAGACGAUGGGCAACGCCACAGCCAUCUGCUCGGACAAGACCGGGACGCUGACCAUGAACCGCAUGACCGUGGUGCAGGUUUACGUGGGAGACAUCCAUCACCGGCAGAUCCCGGACCCCGAGAGCAUCCCCCCCAAGAUCCUGGACCUCAUCGUCAACGGCAUCGCCAUCAACUCGGCCUACACUUCCAAGAUCCUGCCCCCGGAGAAGGAGGGGGGACUGCCCAGGCAGGUGGGCAACAAGACGGAGUGCGCCCUUCUGGGCUUCGUCAUGGACCUGAAGCAGGAUUACCAGGCCGUGCGCAGCGAGAUGGCGGAAGAGAAGCUCUACAAGGUGUACACCUUCAACUCCGUGCGCAAGUCCAUGAGCACCGUCAUCCGGACCCCGAACGGUGGCUUCCGCAUGUACAGCAAAGGGGCCUCGGAGAUCCUCCUCCGCAAGUGCACCCGGAUCCUGGACAAGAAAGGCGAACCCCGGGCUUUCAAGACCAAGGACCGGGACGAGAUGGUGCGCAAGGUGAUCGAACCCAUGGCCUGCGAGGGGCUGCGCACCAUUGGCAUCGCCUACCGGGACUUUGCCGCCGGGGCCGAGCCCGACUGGGACAUCGAGAACGAGAUCCUCUCCGACCUCACCUGCAUCGCCGUGGUGGGCAUCGAGGACCCCGUGCGCCCUGAGGUGCCCGACGCCAUCACCAAAUGCCAGCGUGCGGGUAUCACCGUCCGCAUGGUGACCGGCGAUAACAUCAACACGGCCCGGGCCAUUGCCACCAAGUGUGGUAUCCUGCUGCCUGGGGAGGACUUCCUGUGCCUGGAAGGAAAAGAGUUCAACCGCCUCAUCCGCAACGAGAAGGGCGAGGUAGAGCAGGAGCAGCUGGAUAAGAUCUGGCCUAAGCUGAGGGUGUUAGCCCGCUCCUCCCCGACUGACAAGCACACGCUGGUGAAAGGCAUCAUCGACAGCACCGUGGGGGAGCAGCGGCAGGUGGUGGCCGUCACCGGCGACGGAACCAACGACGGGCCGGCUCUGAAGAAAGCUGACGUCGGCUUUGCCAUGGGCAUCGCAGGCACAGAUGUGGCAAAGGAGGCGUCAGACAUCAUCCUGACGGACGACAACUUCACCAGUAUUGUCAAGGCUGUGAUGUGGGGCCGCAACGUGUACGACAGCAUCUCCAAGUUCCUGCAGUUCCAGUUGACGGUCAACGUGGUGGCCGUGAUCGUGGCCUUCACCGGCGCCUGCAUCACCCAGGACUCCCCGCUGAAGGCUGUCCAGAUGUUGUGGGUGAACCUGAUCAUGGACACCUUUGCCUCUCUGGCCCUGGCCACCGAACCGCCCACGGAGUCACUGCUGAUGCGCCGGCCCUAUGGCCGCAACAAACCACUCAUCUCGCGCACCAUGAUGAAGAACAUUCUGGGCCAUGCUGUCUACCAGCUCACCAUCAUCUUCACUCUGCUCUUUGCUGGUGAGAAGUUCUUUGACAUCGACAGUGGAAGGAACUCUCCCCUGCACUCACCCCCGUCAGAACACUACACCAUCGUCUUCAACACUUUCGUGCUGAUGCAGCUCUUCAACGAGAUCAACGCCCGCAAAAUCCACGGCGAGAGAAACGUCUUUGAAGCCAUCUUCCGUAACCCCAUCUUCUGCACGGUGGUCCUGGGCACCUUCGUCUCCCAGAUCAUCAUUGUUGAGUUUGGGGGUAAACCGUUCAGCUGUUCAGGCCUCACCCUGAGCCAGUGGUUCUGGUGUAUCUUCAUCGGAGUCGGAGAACUGCUCUGGGGACAGCUGAUCUCCACCGUGCCCACCAGCCGCCUGAAGUUCCUGAAGGAGGCCGGGCACGGCAUCACCAAGGAGGACAUGGCGGAAGGAGAUCUGGGAGAGGGGAUGGAAGAGAUCGACCACGCUGAGAUGGAGCUACGGCGUGGCCAGAUCCUCUGGUUCCGGGGCCUCAACCGCAUCCAGACUCAGAUGGAUGUAGUUUACACGUUCCAGACGGGAACCUCCUCUUUGCAGGGAGCCCUCAGGAGACAGCCUUCCAUCAUGAGCCACCACCACGAUGUAAAACAUGUUUCUAGCCCAACUCAUAUCAAGGUGAUCAAUGCGUUCCGUAGCUCCCUCUACGAAGGUCUCGAGAAGCCAGAGUCCAGAAGCUCAAUCCAUAACUUCAUGACCCACCCCGAGUUCACCAUGGAGGAGGACGAGCCCCGAACCCCACUCUUGGAUGAAAAUGAGGAUGACGAUGACGAAGAGGAAGAUGGAGAACAACUGGGAAAGGAUGGACUCGAAAAGCCCGGCUGGGGGGGCGGCCCUCCCCCUUCCCCUAACCAAAACAACAACGCUGUGGACUGCAAUCAAGUCCACAUUAUCCCCUCCCAUUCGGAGAACCCGUUGCACAGCCUGGAAACGUCCGUCUGACCUAGUCGGCUGACUCUUCUCCCACCUCCACCAUUUCCUCUCCGCUCCUGUGAUAAUCUGCGGUAAUGGGACGUCUCACCGUCAUGUCAGUGGGUUGUGUGUGUGUGUGUGUGUGUGUGUGUGUGUGUGUGUAGGGCCCACCUCAUAGUAGAAGAGUUGCAUGAAAGAGUUGCAAAUCCCGAAUUUGCUUUGAACCGUUUUCAAUGGAGGACUCGGCCGGCCCAAACAAAACAAGAGACCGUCAGGGCUGGCUUCUGCAAGUUUGGAUUGUUGCCUCUUGAAAGUAUGUUUUGUUUUAUUCUGGUUCUUUUUCCCUCAUCCCCCUCACCCCAAUCCAUCUCCCGCAGUCACACACCCGUGGCUCGGCACCUCUGUUUAUCCCACGAGUCGGGUUAGUUGGAAAACGAAGACUCAGGAGAGUAGAAAGAAGGUACCACAAGCAAAGCUAGCAGAGGAGGGGUGAUUGGGUGAGGGGAUGGCCCCCCACUCAGUGAUGGAUUUAAACAAGUCUUCCACUUUGAAAACUGGUACCUAAUCUCUUGGUUCUUUCACUCGCUCUCUGACUUCAACGUUCGCCGUUGUACUGCUGUCAUUACGGAAAGGGGUAGAUGAGUGAACUAGUCUGUUCAGUCUCGAUUUGGUUGUGAUGAGGGCUUCCUCCUGCCCCACUUUUGAGGCAUAGGGUCAAACUUUCUGGAGCUCUUAGUUCUCUCCCUGAAAGGAUGUUCUCCCCAAUUCCUCUUAAGUGGCGCUGUUUGCUAAGUUUGUGUUAAAAAGAAAAAGUGUGUGUGUGUGUGUGUGUGUGUGUGUUUGCCCCUACUGUCUUGUUACCCCUUUUCCCUCACUCCCACCACCAAUUGCCACAUGGUGAGGUGUGUAAGGGUGUGAUUUGUGUGUGGGCUUUGGGGGCUUUUUGUUGUUUGUUUUCAAUCCAGAGAAAAACUCUGGUUUGUGAGUGCGGCAAGUCCGGAGGGCCUGUCGGUCACCCCUUUCCAAAGCGGCGGUGUGGGUGGCACUGCCAAGCGGAAUCAGAGUGGCCGCUAAGGCCGUGGGACCGGACCUUCUGCGUCGGAGCUUGCUGGCCCUGUGAGGUUUCCAGGGCUCACGGGAUCAAGCAUGUGUAUUUCCGGCCACCCACCCCAGUGCUUGCAGGACUCCCCGUGUUUAUUCGGCGGAAGGACCGUUGAGCGUAUCAGUGUCCGCAAGGAGCCGGGGGGCCUUUAGGGCACAGGAAAAGAAGGGCAGGAACUCCUUUUACUGAUGAUCCGAGGCCGGUACCGGUCACCACCCCUUAGGCACCGGGCUGGCGGCCCCCACUGCUGCCCGCCACCGUGGCAUCCGAGAACGAACCUUAGCCCAUCCUGAAUCUUGAUGAAAGAACUGCCCACCCGACACCAGAGACUCCAUUUGUGCUUUGCUGAUUGAGUGGGGGAAUGGGGACCUCCCUCCGCUCUGCUCUCCCCUCCCACCCCCCAGCCAGUGCUGAGUUGUGGCUGACGCAGAGCCAAGACCCGUGCCUUUUGGUUUCCCGAACACUGCCCAACGUUUCCCCACCCACCUGUCACUCAGGAGUCGGGGACUUUUGCUGAGAUGGUGUCUCCCUCCCCUCCCUCCCCGCUUUUUUUUUUUCAAGUGUUCCUUAGCGUGACAAAGUGGAGCCAUUCUGUGGGAACUCCAUUCUUGUCCCUUCCGACACCAGACGGACGCUCUUCUGUGUGGAAUCAAUUGUUCUUCCCAUCCUACUGGCCUAGGAAGGAAAAGUAGGUGCCUGAGGCGCUUGUGAACUGCCAAUAACCAAGAAUCUAAAUGACCAACUGUUUCUCUGUUCUCCCCCAGCUCCUCCAGUGCCCUCCCCGCCACCACCAACCCAGACCCUCCUCCAUUGGUCUCAUUCUUCAUCUGAGUUUAGUAAAAAUGGCAUGAUCAGAAAACUAGCUUCCCCUCCCUAAGGCUACACAGCUGAGCAGAAAAGGAGAGAGAAAAGGAAUCUUUCACAUUUGGUUCCGUUCUUCAGGCUCCAUCCAUCAGUGAUCACUUUUCUCUUUUAAAUAUUCUUGAGGAAAAAUCAGCUCGCGUAUGAUAUUCUUAGGAGCUACGUAAAUAUUUAUUAAGUACAUUGGGAGAUGGUCUUUUCUUCUGUCGAAUCGUGCUUACCUCAGAUGUGUAAAAACUUUGGAGGCGACUUAACCUGCCCGGCCCUGAAGCCUCUCUGUGCCUAGUGGGUUACAGUGAGGGACUGGUGAACUUCUGCGUCAAAGUGUUUUUGUGUGUGUAUUCUAGUUUCCAUCUAUGGAGAGGAAAAAAGAUAUAUAAAUAUUAUGCAAAAAAUAUAGUUUUCUUUAGAUCAGAAACUGAUAUUUUUAAGUCAGUCAUAUGUAUUUUGUUUAAAAGAUUUUAAGAUGCUGCCAAGUGACCGGGCGACAGCAGGUCGUUUGACUAGCUUUUUGAUGUGACCGGCAACUUAGUAUAUCCGCAGUUGGUUUCGAUGCCAAUACACUGUACUUCCUUUCUCCAAACAGCCAUCUUUGUACUCUAAAUGAAAAACAAACAAAAAGGGAGUUGAUUCUAGAGAUGUUUUUUAUAUAAAUUAUGUUGAUAUGGCUGGUUGAGUAUGUUUAAGUGUUUCUGUGCAUUCAUUUCUAUGUAAAAUAUCUUUUCUGCUUCGUUUCAAUGAUCAACUGGCAACAGGAAAAUAUGGCUUAAGUUAUUGAGGAAAGCUUUCCCCCAAAAUUAUGGUGCUUUAGAUUCCAAAGGUAUGCGUGGGAGAGAGAACCACCGUCUCGGAUUCCUCUAGAGAAGAUGCCUUCGGAAAUGGAGACUGAAGGAAAGGAAACUGAACGCACGAAGACCGGGCCAGACAGGAAAUGAAGCAAGGCCUUGUGGAGCGCUCAUGUGGAAAUGCCACGUUCUUGCAUCUGGUUCUAAAGAACAGGGGCGUUUUGUCGGAUUAUCGUUUAGUUUCUUUAAGAGCCACUGGAACCAAAGACAUUACAUCUCUUCUAGAGCGCAAGGACAAUCUCCCUUAGGGUUUGCAUCUUAUGGCUCUUACCGCGCUUCCUGUGUGCCCGGGAGGACCCGGAAGGACUUACAAGUAUAUGCCUAGAGGGAUUUUUUUUUUCCACACAAGGAUUUGAAUUUUCUUUCCCCCACAGCUCUGGGCGAUACUUUGGAGGGGAAAUAAAUAUCUUAAAAAGGGAAAAACAAAGACUGAGUCUAGUCAUGGGCGGUCAUUUUGGGCAGUCUGGUGCCCUCUCCUAUCACUCCCCUCAACCCCCCAACCCCCCCCACCCCCAGCUCGCUGGCUGAGGGUUGAGGCAUCCUGGAGGUCAGUGUGGCUCUAUCCGCCCGUGUCUUUCUACAGAACACCCACUCCUCCUUGGGGGAUGAAGUGGUGUUAGGUGGAGCUUUGACCUUGGCUUUUUGUCUUCUCCUGAAGGUCUCGAGAGUGUGGGUGGUUAGCAACCGCUUUUUGGAAUAAUCUUGGCAAGAGGGGCACGGGGAGCACUCUCGUUGGCCACAAAAUAUGCUUUUUUGCUUCCCUCUCCCCUUUCAUUGCUCCCAACCCAAAUGCUUGCUUUCCCCCAUCUCACCACGCAGUCUCCUGCCCUUUUAGCCCAUGAAAGUCAAAGCUUUUUCCCUUGAACCAGACCAAAUCCAUCUCUGCUGUUCCCAUUCCCUCCUAGGAUUUUCCUGCUCCUCUAGUGUUGCCCGUCCCUUCUGGCCUAAGUAGUCCAAGCUCUCCAACGGAAGAUAAACAUGGUUGUGAACCUCUGCUAGCCCGCCUGUGACUAAAUCGACCUUUCUGUUUUUCCUCACAUAUAUAUAUAUAGCCAUAUAUGGAUGGAUAGGCCAUAUAUAUAUGUGUGUGUGUAUGUGUGUGUGUGUGCGUGUGUGUGCCAACAAAAUCUCUUAGGUCUUUCUUUUGAAAACGCACGCAGAUAGGACUUUUCAGUUUCCUUUUUCAGUAACGAUUAUAACAAGCACUGGUAUUUUUGUAUAAAAAGAAAAAAAAAAUAAACAAAAGAUUGAAUAUUGUGGUAUGCAUGAUAUAAAAAGCAAACGGUGAUUUCGAAGCAAUAUGUACCCUGGUGUGUGUUGCCAUAUUCUGCAGUCUGGCUUGAGUGCACCCAAUCUGUAUUGGCAUUUUGAUAUUAUUUAAUCUCUCUGUACAAUGUUUUGCAUGUAUUUAUAUGGUUCUUGGAAAAAUCAAAUCGGAAUGAGCUGUCAACUCCUGCAAAAUCUGAAACUCCAAUGUCUCCCCACUGAGAUCAGAAGAGGAGACUAAGAGGAGGAAAGAAUUUGAGAUACUUCUUUUUUUUUUUUUUUUGAACCAAUAAAGCUUUUAGCUGUUGAGCAGAAAACGAUGCACUUGUGCACUGAGAAUAAAAACCAUGCCCACUUGUAAUUGUGAUGUCCUCAGUGUGUGUCCACCAAAUUGUAAGCCGUUGAUUAUCUAGUGAAGGUGAUGCUGGGAUGCUGCCACAGGCCCUUAUGGAACCCGCUCUGAGCAAAUCAAGAGCUCAGAAUCUGCCAUUAACCCCAACACAUCCCUGUUCGUAAUGUUUCUUAAUUUCUCCAGGGUGGGAGAGACAGCCUAGCCUUUUUGUCUUCUGAUUUCUUUCAACCUUAAGCAAAGUCUAGAAUUGGUUGCUGCCGCGAGACCCUUCUGCUCUGCUGCGGUAGGAAGGGAGUUGGUGUUUCAUGGCCUUACAGAAUGUGGUUGUAGAAGAGUAGCUUGGGGGAAGAUUUUUUGGAGGUUCCCUUUUUCUUCAUCUUUCUUGGCCAGUGCCUCUUCCAGUGACUUGGUUUUCAGAAUUUUUUAAAAAAUUUUUCUUCCAUGCACUAGUCUGGAUUUAGCCAGUCUGUGUCCGUUUUUCUGGGCAAAGGAUUAUUGGACGUUUCUUAGUACUAGUCCAUCCCUUUGACUGUACUUUCAGAAGGAGACCUCUUGGGGCUAGCGUUUAUGGCAAACCCACCCAAUCUGACAUUGCAUAUCAAUCUCAGGAAGGCUUGUCUUCCAGCUUCAUGUGCUCAGCUUUGCCUCCCACUGACCCUGCGGAAGAAAAAUGGGGGCUGUCUAAAAGAGAAACUGAGGAAUCCCUGAGAUGAACGCAGCUGAAACUCCCGACAUCUACGUCUCUGUCCCUGCUAGUGGGAGGUGGGGUUGGCUUCAGCCUGGGCUUAAGAAGCAGGUGAGCAGCCUGCUCUUUGCACUUGAGCCCCUUGAAGCUGUGAGAGUGAUCACCAUCAACUCUGUUAUAUUGUACCCUCCCAAAUGCUUAGUACAGUGCUCUGCCCACAGUAAGUGCUCAAUAAAUAAGAUUGAUAGUUUUGGGACAUCCUGCUGAGAGGAAAUUGGCUUUUUCCUCCCUAUUCUAACCUGCCUCUCAGGUUAGAGUGGCCGCUCUGAGCUGCUGGUGCCCAGUGAGUAACACUUGCCUGUGGCAUGGUGGGGCCAAAUGCUACCCCUUGUGUUGACUUCAUCAGCCCAAAUGGACAACCGUCUUUCCUGAUAGCGCCAGGCUAGCUUAGGCCCCACAAAAGCCAAAGAGAAUGAUCCAGUCGUAACUCUCUCCUGCCAGCACUCCAGACUCAUGUUCUUUUGGCUCCACAUCCUAUCAUCCUCCUCUCCUUGUCACAGUCCCCGGCCUGGUUAGGAUGACCCAGUUUGGGUCCCAUUGAGCAAAGCCCAUGCAGGCACUCCCCGUCUGGGGAGAAAUUUCCCCCAGGCGACCCUGAGGGGGAAAGUGGCAGCAAGUCUAAGAUGGGGAUCCAAUGAGUUGUUCUUUCAAAGUCUCUGUUAGACUCCCUCACUUAACAUUACCCAAGACCGCUGAAGGCCCUUCUUUCUGAGGGCUUUGUAGGAAGCCUUCAUUCCCGGGAUGUGUCCGGGGGAGUUUGGAAGGAGCAGGCUCAGCAGCUCCCUAUUCCUUCCGGGGGUCCCUGUUCACGGAUCGUGGGCAGAGUCCUUUGGAAGCAUAUCAGCCCCUCUCCCCUCGGGCUUGGUAUGAGGUUCGCUAACACCCCCCCAAGCAACUCACUGCCUUAUUCUGUGGCCAUCCCAGUGAAGCCUCACUAGAUAUCAGCGCGGAGUAUCUCUCUGCCUCUGUCCUCUCUGUCCUCUGUGUCUGUGAGUCAGUGCCCCUCUCCCCUGUGUCACUAAAAAUGGAAAGGAGAGAGGGAGGCCCUUGGGUCCUUCAUGGACAAAGCAUUUUUUAAUCCUAUUGUAAAUAAAAAAGAUACAAAAUGUCA